AUGUUAUCUUCAUUACAAGGAUGUAAUGGUUUUUUGCAGCUUGUUGAUCAUCAGAAGAAUGAAAAAUCAAAUACAACAAAGAAAAGUAAAUCAAAAGAUGCAGCUGUAACACAUGCUGUGGCUGAACGUAAACGUAGAGAAAGAAUCAAUUCUCAUCUUCAUACUCUCAAGAAACUCUUUCCUUAUCUCCCUAAAAAGGACAAGCCAAGAGUGUUAACUGAAGCAGUCACUCAACUAAAGGAACUAAGGAAGAAUGUUGCACAACAACUAGAGUUGUCAUCUUUAUUCAUACCUAGUGAAAAUGAUGUAGUUAUUAUAAAUUAUUGUGACAAUAUUAAUGAAGAACGAACCGUCAUAGCUACGAUUUGUUGUGAGGACAGACCGAGUCUGAACCGGGACUUAUCGUCCGCGAUUCGAUCGGUUCAAGGACGGGUGAUCAAGGCGGAGAUGGCCACGGUCGGGGGGCGGACCAAGGCGGAGUUGGUGGUGGUGUUGGGCAAGGCAAAUGGUGGAGAAAAAGAUGUUGGACAACUUAAACGGGCUUUAAAGGCCGUUGUGGAAAAAAGGGCUUUGGGCUUUGGAAGUAAUGUGAUGUUGGGCCGAAGAUUUGGGUGAAGAUAAAUGGG